AUGGCGUUUGACACGGCGGGAGGAACGAGUCUGGAACAAUUCACGCUAUUGGCAAAGAACGCACGUGGUCGGGCAUGCGUUGCAUUGAUUCAGCAGGUACUUAGUAAUAAGAAGCUGUUUGUAUUCCGUGAGCUGCUCGAUAUGCCAAAUGUGGAGGCGCUACGGGACUCGGAGUACAAGGAGCACUACGAAUUGCUGCGCAUCUUCUGCUUUGGCACGUAUAAUGACUAUAUAACUCGUAAGCACGAAAUGCCGGAACUGACGCUGCAGCAGAUGAAUAAACUCAGGAAACUCACAGCGGUGUCGCUUGCUCACAAAUUUAAAAACAUUCCGUACGAUACGUUGAUGCAAGAUUUGGGUGUCUCAACGAUCCGUGAAGUGGAAGAUAUUCUUAUUGAGACCAUCUACUCUGGAUUGAUUCAAGGCAAACUGGACCAGAAAUUGCGCUGUUUCGUUGUCAAGUAUGCUGUCGGACGUGACACGCAUCAUGAGGACGUUGAUGAAAUGAUUCAAAAGCUUACUAACUGGAAAAUGCAGUCGGCUGAGAUUUGUGAGAAGAUCAAUACGAUUCUCAGUCUGGCGGAGAAGCAGGAAGAAGAUGAGCGAGAGCGAGACGAGGGUAUUCGGAAUAAGAUGGCUUCUCGGGGUGCAGGUGAGCGCGGCAAAACUUUUGUUUCCAGUGGUGGGAAUGUCCGUCAAGGUGAAGACUUUAGUCUUUACGCAGAUCCUGGAACACGACGAGGACCACCAUCCAAGCAGCGUCUGCACUCCAUGGGUCGCAAAAACCGGUCGUAA